UUUGGCUAAGGGCUUUUCACAAUUUUCCAUCGAAAAGAAAUCAAUGUCGAAACACUGACCAAUCAGUUUACCCACCGCGAUAACCUUUUUAUUUCACUCUCUAUAAAACUAUUAUUUAUAGGUGUUAGCUGUUGCCAGCGCCGGAUAACCUUGAGUGGUUUCAACAUUCAGAUAUUAAUUAAUUGGACUGGAAAUUUUAAUAAAACCGCAAGACAUCCGCUGUGUUAGUGGGAAGCUUUUGCUUUGUUAUCACCCAGCCGGCUUGGUCAUCAGUGAUAAGAGCGCGACAAGGCGGUAUCGUCCAUCUUUUUCGUCAGACACGUUACACGUAACAUGGAUGACAUAGUUCCGGAUGUUGUGGAUGCGGUUCCCGCUGGCACCGUGCAGGUCACCUACGCCGAUGAUCUUGAGGUGAAGCAGGGCAACGAGCUGACCCCCACCCAGGUGAAGGAUGUGCCGAAUGUCAGUUGGUCUGGGCUCGAGGGAAAGUCCAACCUGGUCACGCUGCUUAUGGUGGAUCCCGAUGCUCCGACUCGUCAGGAUCCCAAGUACCGUGAAAUCCUACACUGGGCUGUUGUCAACAUUCCGGGCAGCAACAUCAAUCCAUCCGAAGGCUAUCCGUUAGCAGCCUAUGUUGGUUCCGGUCCGCCAGAGGGCACCGGCCUUCAUCGCUAUAUUUUUCUGCUCUACCAACAGGAGAACAAGAUCGAUGAGACGCCCACUAUUUCCAAUACCACUCGUGCAGGUCGUUUGAACUUCAAUGCUCGGGAUUUCGCCACCAAGCAUGGAUUGGGGGAACCCAUUGCAGCCAAUUAUUACCAGGCCCAGUACGAUGACUUUGUGCCAAUCCGGAACAAAACAUUCACCGGCUAGGCUUUUGCAUAUAUCAUGCCGGGCUUUCAUUUUUUGAGUCAAUAAAGUCGAACCAUCUUA